AUGAAUCAAUGGAAGGAAGAGAAGGUUAGCAAACUGAUUGAUCCAGUUGCUAAGACAUGGAAGGAAGGGGUAAUCAGAAACUUAUUUUCAUAUGAGGAGGCCACUGUCAUUCUUCAGAUACCAUUGAGUAGGUUGGGCAAUUGUGAUAAACAGAUUUGGGGCUUUACCAAGCAUGGUAUUUUUACAGUGAGGAGUGCAUAUCAUCUUGGUAUGGAGAGAAAAAGAAGAACCCGAGGAGAGGUUUCAAAGGUUGAAAAGAGUGUUGCUGUGUGGAAGCAAAUGUGGAGAUUGGAAGUGCCUGCAGUUGUUAAAAUAUUUCUUUGGAAAGCUCUGAACAAUAUUCUUCCUACUAACAGUAACCUAUUCAAGAAAAAAAUAGGUGACUGUCCUCUAUGCACAAUAUGCGGAUCAAGUGAGGAAUCUGUGCUUCAUAUAUUAUGGAGUUGCCCUUCAGCUGCUGAUGUAUGGGCAGAAAGUAACAGCCCAGUGAAGAAAUGGGCAAAUGAGGGAGUAGAUUUCAUGUCUCUUUGGAUUAAAAUGAUUAAUGAGUUAAAGAAAGAAGAAAUUGAGUGGAUGGCAGUGGUUAUGCGAAGGAUCUGGCUAAGAAGGAAUAGGUUUAUCUUUGAGAACAAGUUUUACAGUCCUAAGCAAGUCAUCUUGAUGGCUCGUGAGUGUCUGGAGGAUUACAAAAUAGCACAUAUGAGUAUAAUUGGAUGUCGAGGUGGUGGUGGUUCACAUGGAGCACAAAAGAAAUGGAAAAAUCCUGGCACUAAUAUGAUAAAGGCUAAUAGGGAUGCAGCUAUGGAUUUAGAAAACAAGAGAAUGAGAAUGAGAAUUGUGUUUAGAGAUGAAGAGGGGGAGGUUCUGGUGUCUGUGUGUGAUGUGAAACAGAAUGUGCAUGACCCUACUCUGGCUGAGAGUCUGGCUUUGUGGAGAGCACUUGAGAUAAGUUUUGAACUCUCCUUUUCUUUCUCUGAACUAAUGUUUGAAGGAGAUGCAACUGAUAUUAUUCAAAGGAUCAACAAGGUAGGUGAAGAUCAGUCAUGGAUGGGGCAUAUCAUCAAUGAUAUAAAAUAG